UGUUGAAAACGGUGUAAGGUACCCUUUUAAAGAGAGAAAUCUGCUCCAAAACAAACUGCCCAUUCCGUGCUCUGUGGCCCCUGCUUAGGGAAUCUCUUCCCAUUCACCUUCCUUCUCCUGCAAUACAUUGUGACUUUGGGGGCUUGUUUGGUUGCUUCUGCUGAGUCACUACAUUUUGCAUCUUUGUCCCCAGGGGCUACUCAGCACAAAAGUUAAAACUGCAAUGUGCAAAGCGUGGCGUUGGUGCGUCUAGCGGUGGAAACCAUCUCCCCAAGAGAAGCUCCGUUACUUGGCUUGUCCUUCCUUCCCGGGAAGGAGGCUGCCACGGAACCAGCGGCUCAAAACUGCUUGGCGGAGAGAAGCGCCCGGCGCUGGAGCUGCUCAUCUCCAGCUGGCCGUUAACUGCGGAGCUUCCCGGGCGCCCGGCUGGCUCAGCCCAAUGCAGAACCCCUUCCCUCCUCCCCCACCUCUUCCCUAAAGACUCAGAUCCCUACAGAACCAGCGUGGAGUUACUUUCCCUUCAAGGAGACGACAUCACCGUGAUUUGUGGCGCUCUCCGUUCGCGGUGGUAUUUUCCUGUUGUGUUAAAUGCCUCUUACUAAGUAAUAGACGUGAUGGAUGCGGGCGACGAAGGGGUGUGUGGCUGCCUCGGCGAUCCAUCAGCGCACUCCCCUCCGCUGGCACCGCUCCCUGCCCCUCUUGCGUGAUGUAAGAUCAGACGUACCCUGCAUUGAAAAGUCAAGACACACGGGCUCGCUCGCUCGCUCGCGCUCACACGCGCUCCCUCUCCCCCACGCGCGCAUCCGUGCACCUUCCACAUCCUGCUCCAGGCAGGAGCGGGCGGACGGGCUGGGCUCCUCGAGCUGAAGCAUUUCCAGUGACAUUUGUAAAUGACGCUGCUCCCUCCCGGGCUCCGAGCCGCCGCCGCCGCCGCGGGGCCGAGGGUGCCGCCGAGCCGUCUCCAGCGCAGGCUUCCCUCCCGGGCGACCGCGAUGUCCGAGUUCCUCCUCGCCUUCCUCACUCUCUCGGGAUUACUGCCGAUCGCCAAGGUGCUGACGGUGGGAGCCGACCGAGAUCAGCAGUCCUGUGAUCCUGGUGAAUUUCUUUGCCACGAUCAUGUGACUUGUGUCUCCCAGAGCUGGCUGUGUGAUGGGGACCCUGACUGCCCUGAUGAUUCAGACGAGUCUUUAGAUACCUGUCCCGAAGAGGCAGAAAUCAAGUGUCCCCUGAAUCACAUCGCUUGCCCUGGUGCCCACAAAUGUGUUCACUUGUCCCAGCUGUGCGAUGGCGCCUUGGACUGCUCAGAUGGGUACGAUGAAGGAGUGCAUUGUCGGGGUGAGUCCUUGUGCAAUUGCAAUACUAAAUUUUUCAUCGUUUUAAUGAAAGUUCAAAGAAAACCUGCUUUUUUUUCAACCAUAACCAUAUCAGUUAUUGAGAAAACAUAA